AUGCAGAGGACUUACGAACUUAAGGAAAUUAUUUAUGAAAAAGUGGGGGUUGAUGAUUUUUCAAAACCAGCAGACAACGGCUUAUAUGGUCACAACCUUCUUACAUUAGAACAAGCCGAAGCUUAUAUUGCCCAACUUAAUUCAACUUUGGAAUAUUCUAUCGCUAUUCCCGACGAAAGUAAUGGACGACGAAAACGAGCUGGCAAUCUAAUUUAUUUCAAAACUUCACCAACAAGAAAGUGGCCGGCUGGAAAGCCUAUACCUUAUGGUUUUGAUAAAUCCCUAAAUACUAGACAAAGAGACGUUAUAAGAACCUGUAUUCAAGAGAUUACUUCGAAAACUUGUGUUACAUUUACGGAAACUAACCUUGAUGCAACUUCUGAUAGACCGCCUAAUAUUUCCUCAAUAUAUUUUGUUAGGUAUCCAACAACCGCUUACUGUGGAUUAAGCUAUAUAGGUGUGUAUACACCAUCUAAUCCUAUCUACCUAUCCUUUCUUUGCAAUGAUAUGGCUGGAGUAGCAUGUCAUGAAGUAAUGCAUGCACUUGGCGUUGAACACGAACAUAUUCGACCUGGUAAUAGUAUUUUAGAAAUAAAAAUAAGUCUGAAAAACAGAUAG